GUCUUAUUUCCUGAUAUGUGCACAUCUCUCCUCUGAUUGGCUAACAGCAGCACGACUGUACCACUGACUCAGUUUGCUCUGCAACGUUGAUGUUUUAUCUCCACAAAUACCACACGGCUGGAGGAGUUCUGCUGUGUGGUGGAGCUGCUAAUGCUAACAGUUAGCUUCUACUAGCUGAGCUGAGUCGUUUUCUGCUGUUUCCUGGACUAGACCAACUACAGCCUUCCCCGUUGCGAGUCCAGAUGGGUGAGUCCAUGAAUGUUAGUGACAGUGUGACGUAGAUCUGUCAGGAUUUUCUAUCCUAGAGUUUGUAUCAGAAGCUAAUGCAGGAGAUAGGUGUAGGAGACUAUUUUCAUAUUCAGCCUGCAUGAAACAAACCCCGUUAGAGUCAGAUAAUCACUAAGAAUGUUAACUCGUUUUAAAUAAGACUGAAAAAGUCUGUUUUGGUUUGUCACAAAUUCAGACAUAAGUUAUAUUUACUUUAGAAUAGGGUGUGUUUCUUUUCUCUUAUGUGGGUUGGAUUUUACCUGAUUAUGGUUUGGGUCACCAUAGCAACAUGGGCCAUCGUUGGACUUUUUGUUCCUAUGUACUUUCCACUUGUAGCAGAAUGACAGGAAGCUUAACUUGAACUUAGUCUAAAAUAAACGUGUCUUACACAAAAUAAUCGUGUAGCAAUCAAAUUCAGCCAAUGUCCAGCAUGGUUGUCUCUGUCAGGGUCAGCUUUUCUGGAACUCAGAAAUCCUCCCGUAUUUCUCUGCUUGCAUUUCUCUCUGGAAAUGCACAGUUGCUAAGCAGCAAUGGAACACCCUCAGCUGUUUGACAUCACUAAGCUCUAAUUCUGCUACGGACACCCGAUGAAAACCACACCCUGUUUUCUUGUCUAUUACAAAUACUAUAUUCUGUUAGUUAGUGUUUUUCAGAACUGGUAUCGGCCCACAGAAUCUGUUCUGUCCAAAGAGCUGCAGCUUAAAUGAAUCCGAACUGAAAAGCGACGUCACAACAAAGUGCUUUUGUUUGAAAUGUACCACUCGGACCUCGGUGUCGACUUCCCUGAUCUUUCCUUCCCAGUCCCCGGCAGCCCUGCAGAACCGGGACCAGCCGCGUGAAAGCUGCUGCUCGUCUCCUGCGUCACCCACAAAGCGCCUCGACCUGCCGUUUCAGAUUCACCCCCUCUGGGACCAUGGACAGCCCGCCUAAACUGUCCGGUGAGACCCUAAUAGUGCAUCACAUCCCCCUGGUGCACUGUCAGGUUUCAGUGGGGCGGCAGGGGAGCUGUGGGAGCUCGUUAAAGAGAAGCAACCCGUUCAGCCCGCCAGAGAGCCUGGGUCUGAGUCGCACCACAUCGCUGCCAGAGAGAGACAUCCUCCAGAGGGAGGCUCUGCUCUACAGCAGCCUGAUCCAGACCUCCAGCAGCUCCUGGUCCUCCCACGACGGAGGACGGGAGAAUAGAGAUGGGGGGAAGGGGGGGAGCACAGCAAGUGAUGAUUCGUCAUUCACAUCGAGCAUCUCAGAGGACCAGCUUCCAACAGCGCACACGUUACCGAGGGCCAAACCGAGGAGCAGGAAUCCUCGUCGGCGUAACCCGUUUCUGCUGAACGCGGACGACAAUGAUGAUGAAGAUGAAGAUGAUGGUGAUAACCUGAACGGUUACCUGGAAGACUCGUCUUUUCACCUCCACAGCGACACAAACUCCGCUCUGGAUGAUGCCAUGGUUCCGUUUCAUCUGCACGGCCUCGGGUUUGCUUCAGAGCCGUUUCUGCUGCACAGCUCGGGUGGAGGAAGCAGCCGGGAGUCUCUGAGAGGAGCGGCCUCCGACCUGUCCAACCACCUGGAGGACCUGGACAUCCUAGGACUGGACAGCCAGCGCCGCCAUGGAAGCAGCGGCUCCAACAUGUCCAUGGAUUGUGGAGAGCAGGACUGGGGUGACGAUGAUGAAGAAGAUGAGGAUCAUCUGAUGAGAUGUGGUGGAAGCAGUAAGACCGGCUCCUACUCUUCCAGCUCCUCUGCUCACCACUGCUCCUGUUGUGCUCUUUCCCAGAACUACCCUCAGCAGCUCCCAGAAGCCUUCUCCGAGACCUUCUCAGAGCUCCAGCAGGGUUACGGCAGCGACUCCUCCUGCAACAGCUCUGAUGGCGUCCUCGUCAACUUCAGCGCCAUUUACAACAAGAUGAACAACGGCGUCCCUGAGAGGCCGCAGACAUCUGGACUCGUCUCUACCGACCACUCCUGCACCUCCUCUGUGUCUGAUCUACCAGGAAACCACCAGGACUCAGCUGGAGGGGCUUUCUACCUGGACCUCCAUACCUCCCCAACUGAGCCACCCUUCUCGCAGCAACAACCUUCCAACGCUUUCCCGUUCAUCCGUGAACCGCACCUGUCCACUACCUCUCACUGUUCCUGCUCUGCGGAGCACCAAGGACCUGUCGACCUCGAUGCCAACUGUAACUCCUACCUGCCUCCUCGUGCUGGGUCGUCUGGCGACCUCACUUCCUGUCUGCAGAGUCAGGCACGCCUGGUUGUGGCCACUCAGAACUACUACAAGCUGGUGACCUGUGACCUUUCGUCCCAGUCGUCCCCGAGUCCUGCGGGCUCCUCAGUCAACAGCUGCUCUGAGGAGCCCAGCAAAGGUAGCCCCUCCCCCUCGCAGCCCAGCGAAUACUUCCUGUUCAGGCAGCGGGGUGAUGAGGAUGGGAUGGAGGAGGAGGAGAAUGGAGAUGAGGAGUCCUUUCAGCGGGAUCCAGAGGAGGAGGAGGAGGAUGAAGGUGCGGAAGAAAAGAACAAGGAGGAGACAAACAAUCACCAGGAAGCAGGAGGAGGUGAAGCUGCCCAUGAUGUGAUCGAAGGCCAAGUGUACAUCAACAUUUCUCCCCCCAUCGCUGGCCGGAGUGUCAUCGGAGGUGCCGCUCCUUCUGGAAACCGCCUUCGCUCUCGCAGUUAUGAUCGCAACCUGGACAAGCCUCCUCCUCCACGACUCGGCUCCCUGGAGCGCAUGCUGAGCUGCCCUGUCCGGCUGAAUGAGAGCGCCUCCCUGGCUCCUCCUGUGCCUCCUCCUCCCAGAGUCACCUCAUUCGCCGAAAUCGCCAGGAGCAAACGCAGAAACGGGGGUUUGGGGGGGUCGUCCUCGAUGAAGGAAGCCGCGGACCCUUUCUCCUCUAGUCACUCCAGCCACUCGCACUCCUCCGUGGAUUUCUCCCCCAUUCCGGAGAAGCGGGUGGGGUCGGUCAGUCCGACCGUGUCACCUGCACCUUUCACCAGGUGUUACAGUCAGGGCAGCAUGGAGCGACACCUGGAGGAGGCGAGGGGUGGCAAAGCAGACGCAGGAGGUGGCCUCUGGAGUUCCUCCGACUGCCCCCCCGCAGUGGUCCGCUACAGUAAGGACCAGCGCCCCACCACCCUCCCUAUCCAGCCCUUCACCUUUCACCACCAGUUUACAUCCAAGCCCCCCCAGCCCAAACCUCUGCUGCCCCUGCUCACGGGCUUCACCUCUGGGAUGCAGGCUCACUCUGGUUUGCGCUCAGGUUCUGGUUCUGGUUCUGGUGAUCCCAUCGGGGAAGAUGGUGAAGAUGCAGCUGAAGACAAGCGCAACUCCCCGGGUGGUGUCGGAGACGCGGCUCCUCCUCUGGAGUUGGUGCGGCCCUCACCCGUAGGGAGCUACUUCCCGGUUCGCCUCCAGGGUGCCCCCAGCUCCGGGACGUGCUCCACCUGCAGCCCCAGUCCUCGCCCCCCCCACAGCCUCACCUUGCUGCAGACUCCACCUGGAGGGGCUCAGGGAGAAGGAUCAGCAGCAUUCCCCUCAACGACUCCGUCUCCAUCUCUGGGGGUGAGGAACGGGGUGAUGCCUCUGGUGCUGCCAGCCGUACGCGGACCGUGUUUCCACCACGGAGCGCUCCACGGUGACGGUCUGAGUCCGCUGGCUCGUCUGGAUUCAGGAAAACAAACGGACCGAAGCAACGGACCGGGAUCCAGAACCCAGAAUGCCCAUCACCUCUCCCCCCAGGCUCUGAAGUGGAGAGAGUACCGCCGCCGAAACCCUCUGGGCGUGGAGAGGAUCUCCGGGAGCCGAUCCGGGUCCGCUGCUGGUAACGUGGAGCUCAAAAGUGUGGGGGGGCCUCAACCUGCCCGACGCAACGUCUUUGAUUUCCCCGCAGCUCAGUCCGGCCACGUCCGGCCCAAUGCUGCUCCUCCAUCCAAGCCGCAGCAGAGCUACAGCGACUUCCUGUCCGAUUACUUCUCCCUGACGGAGAAGCCUCCAGAGGAGUUCUGCCUCUCGCCCGAUGCUUCCACCUCCUCCUCCUCCAGCUGCUGCUCUUUCUCCCAGUCCCAAAUCUCCGUCGACCUGCUUCAGAAAAGAGGUUUGGUGAAAGCUGUGAACACGGCCGUGGACCUGAUCGUGGCCCACUUUGGCACCAGUAGAGACCCAGAUGUGAAGGCUAAACUGGGGAACAGCUGGGUCAGUCCCAACGUGGGCCACCUCAUCCUGAAGUAUCUGUGUCCGGCCCUGGGCGCUGUGCUGCAGGACGGCCUGAAGGCCUACGUGUUGGACCUGAUCAUCGGACAGCGCCGCUGUCAGCCGUGGAGCGUGGUGGAGGCCUCCACACAGCUGGGUCCGUCCACUCGUGUCCUCCACAGCCUCCUCUCCAAGGUGAGCCAGUUCUCGGAGCUCACGAGUCACGCCAUGAGGCUGAACGCCUUCAUCUUCGGCCUUCUGAAUUUACGAUCCUUGGAUUUCUGGUUCAGUCACCUGUCCACACAUGAAGACAUCGUGGCGGCCCACUACAGCCCCACGGGGAUCCUCCCGCUGGCCCAGGGAGCGUGUAAGUCUCUGUUUGACGAGCUCCUCCUCCUGCUCCAGCCACUGUCGCUCCUCCCCUUCCACCUGGACCUGCUGUUUGAGCCGCACCUGCUCCAGAAAGGGGAGGAGCAUUUGCGUCGCAAGGAGCAGCUGUGUUCUGCGGGCCAGAGCGCUGAGCAGUCGAGCUGCUCCACCUUCCAGCUGAUGAGAGGAUGGAGCGCCACCGUCAGCGAGAUAGUCAGAGACUCCAGCUCGGAGAUGAAGAAGGAGAGGGCGGGGCUUAGGCGGGAGGGAACGUGGCCGAGAGCGGAGGCCGACCAUCUCUGGAAGGAGAGAGGGAUGGACGGGCUGAGGAUGAAAGGUGUUGGGCAGGAAAGUCACGGAGCCGACGUAAAGGAGCGAGACAGAAGAAAGGACAAAGGUCCCCCAGACGAGGGACGCCAGCAGGAGGACAGGCAGGCUGGCUGGUGGUACCAGCUCAUGCAGUCGUCUCAGGUCUACAUCGACCCGUCCACCCAAGGAUCAAAGUUCGUUAAGACGGAGAAAAGAAAGAAGUCUUCAGAGAGACGGCAGAACCAGCGUCCCCCCGCUAGAGAAGGUGUGGUGGAAGGUGCCGAGUCCAGCCGCGAGGGGGAGAGGGGCUCUGGCGGAUCCAGGGGGAGGCCUUCGUGGAUGGGCAGCCCCCCCGAGUCGCUUCUUAACCAGGACAGAGACACAAGCCUGCUGCUGGUCACCGGGACACAAGUCCAGUCUUCACCCCAGGAGGACAGCCCGUCUCGGGGACAGAGCUUACGCUGGAGCCGGCUGUUCGGGUCAACCGCCGGUUCUCCUGUGAGGGCCGACACGACCGAACCGAGAGCAAGAACCCAAAAGACCAGACCUCCCUCUGGUUGGCUGGGAUUGGACAGCUCCGUGCUGGACUUCGUAGCUCUGACCGUUGGAGCGGUCGACAGGAAGAAGGCGGAGCCUCAAACUCACGCCCCAGCCACACCGCCGGCACACCGUCCAACCGAAACGAUGCCACAGUCUCCAUGGGAGGUCCGAGCGUUGUGCCACCACAUCGCCACCGAGCCGGGCCAGCUGAGCUUCAACAAGGGUGACAUCAUGCAGGUUGUGAGGAAGGCCGACGCCGACUGGCUGUUCUGCUCUUUGGGUUCCACGCAGGGUUUGGUUCCCAUCGUCUACGUCACCCUCAGCGGCACAGAGGACAGCCGCGACACCGCUGGACACGCACAGCUCUGAGCUAAAGCUCCUCCCACUAUCUUGAAAAACCUCAACUAUCCACAAGACAAAACGACAGAACUCUGCAGGUCGCUUCUGUCCAGUGGACAAAAACCCAGAUCAGUUUUCAGCCGUUCUUGAGAGAAUGCUCAGGGUUGUUCCUUGGAAGCAUGCAGGUCCAAACAAUCCGAUUCAGAAAGUGCAUGAAAACCUCCAAAAGACCAGACGUGGAACAAACCCAAAGACUUCUGCCUCGCUGUCCUAUUAGCUUAGCAACCCUAGCAUCUGGUCUGUCCGGCGGCCAUCUUUCUCACAAAAUGAGACGAGUUUGUUAAACUUUCAGCUGCUGUUUUCAUCUCAGAUCUGUGUGGAGAUCCUGAUUUGUCCCAUUACAAAGAUCAGAUCACUUUCACUGCUACGGCAGAUUUUAGCUUCAUGUGCUUCUCCUUCAGGUACUAGAUGAGCAAUGAAAGCUAAACAAGUUCCAGCUGCUGUUCUUCCACUUCCUGCAGAGAAAACUUCACAUGGCUGUUCGUUUGCGUUUUAUUUCCCAGGAGGAGACACUAGAUGAAUGGUUCUUAUUUUGCAUAUUUGUGUUAAAAAUCAUUCUGUCAGAAUUUAAACCAGAUUAGAUUAAAGUUCCCAAACUUUUCACACUUCAUCUGAUGAUUCCAGGCUCUGUGUGUGUGUGUGUGUGUGUGUGAGAGAGAGAGAGAGAGACGUCAUUUCAUGCUGUUUUGUAAAUAUAUUUAUAAAUAAUUCUUAUGAUUUCUUUCUCUUAAACCAUUUGUUUUAAGUGUCUGAAGGAACAGCUGAAGGAACAGCUGAGUGAAAAGCUGAAGGAACAGCUGAGAGAAAAGCUGAAGGAACAGCUGAGGGAACAACUGAGUGAACAGUUGAGGGAACAGCUGAAGGAACAGCUGAGGAAACAGCUGAAGCAACAGCUAAGGGAACAGUUGAAGGAGCAGCUGAGGGAACAGCUGAGGGAAAAGCUGAAGGAACAGGUGAGAGAAUAGCUGUUGAGGUGGAAUUCCCGGUUUUGGAUGUUCUUUAAAUUAUUGCUAAAUAUUUUUAUGAAUUGCAUAAAAAAUUGGUGAAAUAUUUUAUUCUUGCCUUAAAAACUCGAGAGGAAAUCCACUAAAAUCCAUCCAGACAUCAAAAUGUAUUUUACGCAAUGCUGUUUAUUUGUACUUAGACACUUUUGUCCAUUUUCUGAGCUCUGAGAGGAUUGUGAAGAUAUUUAUGAAGAUAUUUUUGGAUGUUUAAAGGGACCCAACCCCCCCCCCCACACACACACACACACACACACAGGUAAGGUUGGGCCUAGCGUUUGAUGUUCCAGAAUCAGCCCAGUCCAGAUAAAUCUGGAUGAUUACUGUAAAUGUUGACAUAAAUGGAUGCUUGUUUUCACUCUUGUUCGUUGGUUUCUGCAGGUGAACAUUUGAUCAUCCUUGGAUUGUAAAUAUAUUUGAACCACUCAGUGUUUUGUUGUUUUUGCCAUAAAGCUCUGAAGUAUGAAUGUUAGUAACUGUGUUUGAUGCAGGAAGCAGAAGCUUUAGAUUCACUGCAGAUGACCUGCUGCUUGUGUGUGUGUGUGUGUGGGGGGGGGGGGGGCGUUGGACGGAGACACAUUAGGACAACUGGUGUCCUCUCCGUCACCAGGUGUAAAUACCUUCAGCAUCAACAUCUCUGCUCCUGCUUCUACGGCGUUCAUCAGACAGUAGAUGUUCAAUAACAGAGUGCUCCUGUGAUCACUAACCUGCGUGUCUUCUCUUUCACUUACAACCCAAUAAACCGAAAGAUGCAGCUUAAA